AGACAGAGAAAAACACUAAACAAAUUGGUACUCUGCUUGUUGUCUUUCAUUACUCCAGAAAAGCAACAUUUAUUGUUCGAUUUUCUAAAAUUCUACACUUGUAGACAAUAUUUCUUGUAAUUUGAUCAAAAUUACUUGUUAAUCGGAGAUCAAGAAACAAAAAACAUGACCCGUGGAAAUCAACGUGAAUUGGCACGUGCAAAAAAUAUGAAAAAGAAUGUUAAGAAAACUGCAGGCGAACAAGAAAGCAAUAAAGGUUUAAGUUUAGAACAGCGAAAACAGCGAGAUGCCGAUCGAAUGAGGGAAAAACAACAGAAAAAAAUGCAGGACCCACCACAGAAACAAACGGCGACAUAAUUGUAAAUAAUUUAUAUAGAAAAAUGCUUGACAAAAAUACAAAUGCAUAAAAAUUAAGAAUUUCCAACAUUUCAGCAUUAAUUACAAAAAAAAUAUAUUGCACGAAUGGAAUACAAUUUUAAUUUAUCUUUUAAAUAAUUUCUUCUUCGUUUAUUAAACAGUAAACAGUUUAAAUUUGAAAAUCUAUCAAAAUUUGUUUGUCUCUCACGACGUAUGCAAAAUAAUGAUUAAUGUGAAUGAAAUUAUUACGUUUGCAAAUUUGACUGGUAUUAAUUAUAGUAAUAGGAAAAUAAAUUAUUGAUAAUAUCCUUAAGUAGUUUACUUGUAACUUGUACAUUUAAUUCUCAGUUACUAAGAAAAAUAAACCGAAUUCUUCAUUAAGAUAAAAAGUAAGAAAGUGUAUGUAUAACCAGCAAAUUUGGUUUGUAAUAAAUAGUUCAAAUUUUAAAA